CUAUUUUGCUGUCAUUAGUUUUCUCUAAUCUAUUCUUAUUUUUGGUUAUUACUGUGAAUAAAUUAUGCUGAUGAAUAUCUUUGCUCUAUUUAUUUUAGAACCUGUUUGGAUAUAUUUUAGAUCUAUCAAUCAAAACCAGUCAAGUUAAACAUGCCGUAACCCUGGUUAACUAGCUAUGAUAAUGAAUUCUGUUCAAACACAUGAUACCUAGUCAGGAUAGGGAUAUUCAACUUUCAAAAGGUGUUUUUAGUAGGUAUGGAGUAAUUGUCUAGUAAUGUUAUAUAUAUAUUACACUUCUAUUAAGACUUUAGUAGAAACAUGUAAGAUAAGCACUGUCACCUUUCCUGAAGAUAUAUCUCUUAGCUCCAAAGCCAUCUCUGUUACAUUUCUUCUUCAACAGAAGAACAAUAUGAAAUUCAUUCAUAGAGCUCUGUUUGCUGUUUUUGCCUUAAUACUCUUUAAUUUACUUAUUUGUUCUCCACUGUCCCUCCACUGUUUGAGAAACACUCAUCCAAGAGUUAGAAAUCAACCAAGAAGAUUGUUAGGUUCCUUUGCUUCUAUUUCUGCAAAUUUAAACAAGCCGAGCGAAGCCAUUCAAGAUCCUGUGGAAACAAGUUUAAGAAAAGCACCUCCGAGUGAUUCAAAUCCCAACCAAAACAAGUGACUCCAGUGUUUGUUUAGAGAUUUGAAGAAAGAGAAAUGAAGUUUCAAUUCUCUUUCAACAUUUUUGCAGUUUUCUUACAUUUACUGUUUGAUAGAUAGGACAACUGGAUCUCUACUUUUCUUCUUUUCUGUAGCCACAACAUAUUCAAUCUCAACUUUUUUUUUUUUCUGCAAGUCUUGUUUUGCGGUAGAUUUAGGGCUGUGAUUAAAAAUUAUUCAUUGUAUCCUGUCAUUGUAAGAAAAACAUCAGAUGAUCAGAAAUAGUAGAUUUUCUUUCAGAAGAUCAUGAGUACCUUGUCUGUGAUAUUUGUGCUAAUCAUUGUUUGUUUCUUUUUUUUUUCCUCGUUCUUUCCACUGCUACUUUUGGCCUGAAUUUUUUUUUCUUUGUGCAGUGAGGAUUCUAAUUUGUAUCAUCUUUCUCUUGGUCUCCCUAGUUUCUUUAAAUGUGGCUGCAUGUGAUGAACAGAACAGAUCAGUGUGCUAUAUUCUUUAGUUUAUUUUUCUAGGCAACCUGGUCCAUGAGGCAGAUCAUGUAAAGACAACUAAACAUGUUACCUUAUAAUAAAGCUGCUAGAAAUCCUUUCAGGCAGAGAAUAGAACCUUUAGAACCAAAAGUGUGUGUGGACUUGGUUCUAAAGUGUGUGUGGACUUUCUCUCAUGCACACGCACAAGAAUUUCUUUCCAAGUUACUGUCCACUUCUCUAGUGUCCAUGUUCCUCACCUAGUUUAUUAAUGUCCUCUCAACUAUCACUUAUUUUUUUCCCUGUUCCAGACUUACAAUGGUGAGCUUUCUGUCAUUACUUGAUUCAGAGAGUUGAUUGCUUUAUAUGAUAUAUAUAUACAUAUAUAUAUAUCUGCAAAUUAACUUUUGAUGGAACUUUCAUGCAGUAAGAGUUUAUCUGUUUCUCUUGCUUUGGCCACAAGGUGGGAAAGAUAGUGUUUCUUUCUACUUUAACGGAAAAAUGGCUAGCCUGUAUCGGAUCUCUCUCUUUAUACCUCUUCAUUCUUUUGAGUGAACUGUGCACGGAAUCUGAUAUAACAAAAGUUCUUGAACUGAUGAGGGGUAAUUAUAACACAUGUAACACAUGUUAAGCACUAAGUAUAUUAGAAACAUAUGCCAUCAAAAUAUAUUUGAUUUGACUAGUUUGAAAGUUAAAAUUUACGAUAAAGUUUCGUUUAAUGACCAAUUGUGUCUCAGGAUUGAAAGUUUUAAUCUAGAUACUGUACAAGCAAUUAGGUCGAAUUAGUCAAAAUGAACAGUAUUUUUGGUGGAUGGUGAAGACAUAAUGACAAACUGAAAAUAUGCCAAUAUCUUAUUUUAAUAUGCAAAGUUAAUGAUAAAGCAUUCUUGAGAGAGUAAGAGAGUAUAACAUUCUGAAUGGUGGACACAGACCUUGCAGUCCUCACCCUUAGCCUAUCAAUAUUCUGUUCAAUGGUCUUUGAAGCUUUUAUUAUAGCAAACCAUAGUUAGACAGCCUAGGGUUCAUUUCGUUUUCUGAAGAAGUUUCUGUACAGUGUGGCAAUAGAUAAUGUAGUUGUGGUAUGAUAAAAUUCUCCAGGUAUCUUUCAUCAUGGAGGGCCAAAUAGCUGGUUUGAGACAUGUUUUUUUUUUUUUUUUAACCCAAACAGUGCUGCAGCUAAAAAUAGAAAUAUCUGUAGCUCCUCCAAGUGAAAUGGUGCUUUACUUGGAGUUUAUAGCUAGCUCACCAUGUAUUUCCUUGCAUGCAAAUAAACUUCAUUAUUGUGUUCAUCAGUGUAGGCAAUUUGAAACUUUAGAGAUUUAUGAUUUUCCUUUUUUGAUUUGAUUAAUGAAUAGAUCUUCUGAUGGUGGCAUGAGGGUUCUAUCAAAUGUUUCUUGUCAUUAGCAUUGUCUGUUUAUUACUUCAUUUAUCACAAAUAAAAAGUUUCGACUUUUAUGGUAUGUGACAAUAGAAUGAGGCUUUAAUCGAAUGUUUGUUAGCAUACUUGUCCAUUUCUGGGAACUUCAGAUAUUUGUAGGCGUGAUACUCUGUUAAUAUCUAAUCAAUUCUUCUGCUUUGAAUUUACUUGCUUUUAAGUGAUUCUGGUUCUCAAGUGCAAAUCUUUAUUUGACAGAGAGAAGGAUAUCUAUGGACGAGCUACUAGAUCUGAACUGAAGUGUACUAUAUAGGUUGAGGAUGGGAUCAAUCUUUCUUAAAAUUUUGAAUUGUAACGGCUAAUCUCGUGCAUGCUGUCAUCUAUGAGUUACUUUUUACAUUUUUGUGAGGAGUGUUGGUUACACGUGCUACGAAUGCAUUAGAGCUGAGCUCCACGUAUUUGAUAACUGAGAGUUUCUAGUUUACUGACAGAUGAGGUAUCGGCUUCCUCUGCCAUUAAAGCUGCUCGAAAUAAUUUCAGCAUUUCUGUCUUGUUCCUGAGAAGCUUACUUAUCAGAUCCUACAUCACGGUUUACGCAUCGUCUCCCAUCAGGAAAUGGCCUUUACUUUGAUGACCGUUUCUUGGUUCAAGAAACCAAUCGCCAAAUUGGAUGGUCAUUCUACCACUUGAAACAUGCUGCACGUCAAGUUUCUGAAGAAGGACCAUGUGGGGAGUUGAAUAAGGUGCUAACUAUGGAAACCAGACCAAUAAAUUGUCAAGACAAGGAAAAAAGGAAAAGCUAUUGCAUGCAGGAAAAAUCCAGUCAAGCUAUGGGAGGACCACAUGAAGCACGGGCCAACAGAGCUCAUGAAGGCAGUGAACCCUACCUGUUCAUUAAAGAUAACAAAGACGGAAAUACCUCUAGUGGUGCAGUUAACUUUGACAUUGCACAGCCUUUUACUUCCUAUGAACUAGGAGGGGAGGUAUCAGACAAGAAGAAAAAACAAAUUUGCCUGCUAGAGACUGAGAUGGCAAGAGGCAGGAAGGAAGAUGCAAUACUUGAAAAAAAGAUGGAACUGGGAAAUGUUUCUGAGAAAAGUAUAGAAGAUGAAUAUGGUAGCAAGAGGACUAGGACUCUUUUUUGUCCUACAAACUGUGAAUAUUUCUUCCUUCCUGAAAAUGAGGGAUUUGAGGGAUAUGGAAUGCAAGGUGGAAUGAGCUUUGAGGAUAUGGUUGUUGAGACAAAGGAGAAGCCGAGAAGGGUAAAGAAAAGGAAGGAAGGUGAUCAAUCUGGAGAUGCCAAGUGGUAUACCGAAAGGUUCAUCGGCAAACAAGCUUCAAACGAAGGAAAGUCAUCAAAGAGAGGAAAGCCUACUGCCGAUGCCCAAUGGGAAAAACGGAAGCUGAGAAAGACUAAGUCGAGGAGCGGAAGGCCAAGGAAGCUAUUAAGUUGGUUUGCAUUUACCUUAUGACAAUAUGCUUUAUGGCAUCACUAUAACUUUAAACCAUAUAUACCCAAGUCUUUGAAACUGUUUGAACAGUCUUUUACAUAAAAGAGCAAUGAAAAGUUAGUUUUCCUGGUUAUUGAUAGUCUACUGCUUAUUGUUAACAUCAUGGCCAACUGAUUUGGAAUGAAUCUUCUGUUACUGCUUAUAGUUCGCUGUGCGGUUAAAUUGCUUAAAAUCCCUUUCAUAUUUAAACAAUUUUUCAGUUUUUUGUUUUCUCAAAUGAAAAAAUGUUGAUUUAACUGCACUGACUUGGUUGUAAUACUAAUAUGUAUAUAUUGUUCUGAAUCACAUUGUAAGACACUCCUCUUGAAAUUAUAUAGUGGGAUUCAAUGGAGUUUUGUGGUAAUAA